CUUCUUCUUCUUUUUUAUGAUUUUCUUCCAACGGUCUUGCAUCUUGUUCUUGCAGUUUCUUAUUAAAUUCUCCCUGCCUUCAUUUUCAUUCAUCCAUCGCUUUCGUUGUCGUUCGUCUCGUCGUCGUACCGUACUCGUACUCGUACUCGUAUCGUAGUGAGUGAAUUCGAAUGAAAAGAAAAAAACACUGCUAUUCUGAUUUUCACAUUUUAUUUUAAGUCAAAAUUGUUAAACAGCGCCUCGAAGCUUUGAACUCGAAUAAAAGCAAAAAAAAAGUUAAAAAAUAAAAGAUAUAUACAAAAAGACACCAAAUACCUGCCUGACGAUUCUUUAUGUUGUUGUUUGGUUGCGCAAAUAUAAAAAGUGAAAACCCAAAUCCGGAUAGCGUUGCAAUUAAUAUUGCGUGUGACCCUUUUGGUUUUUUGUAUUUUUUCUCCAACUCCAGUUGGAUUUGGUUUUCGUGUUUUGGAUUUGGAUCUAUUUGAAUGUGCAGUGUGCCUGUGCACUGUGGUGUCUCUUGACUCUGGUCGUUCUCGUUCGUUUCGUGGAGUGUGAAGUGAAGUGAACGAAAACAAGAAAAAAUAGAAAGAAAAGAAGAAAAAAACUUAAAAAAAGACAAAACGGGAUUUUCAUUUUGCUAGAAAAAUAAACCCAACUAGCUACCUUCAAGACAAGCUAGAAAAAAGAAAGAAAAAGGUUAAAAAAUGAAUAAUUUAAAUUCUUUGCAUAUUUUCGCGACAAUAAUAAUUUUGUUGAGUUCGUUGCUUUCCGAGGCUGGUCGCCCUCCAGCCGUAAAGAAAGUAAACAAAUGUUGUCGCAUCGGAGAGUAUCUAGAUCGAACGAAAGAGUGCGUCGCUGGCAGCUCCAAACUAUGGGUUCCCCUCGUGUUUUUGAUAAAUCGCAACGACUACUACGAUCCCAAAGGUGAGAGUCCCAAGUUCAUCACCUUCGAGGAGAAUAGCCGUCCCAAGGACUGUCCGGAACACCAAAUGAAAAUGAUUAUCGGUGCGGGAAAUAAUAUAAUUUUGUUUUCCAAUGGUUCGCUGUUUCUGCGUGAGAAACUAAUUUCGGUAGGAAUAGACGACUACUGUGUGGACAAAGAAGUUGCGCUGGUUUGCUUUCGCCACAUCAAAGCCGUCGACUCACUCACCGCCCAAAAGAAGCUAACCAAAGUACGGAAAUGCUGCGGCCCGAAUGCAGUAUACGACAGCAAACAGAAAACUUGCAGCCAUCAGCAGAAGGUGAUAGCCCCUUCAGCAGCAAGUCAAGCAGAUAUCUUCAAUUCCACAGACGUAGACCUGAUCUACGGAUUCCCCGACUGUAAUAGUACAAAUUUUGCAAUUGUCAGCAGUUUUAACUCGGAGCUGUUUGACAUUGAGAGUGGCAAGUUGACUCUGGAAGCAGACAAGCAGAUAACUUCCGAUCAAUUCUGUCUGGAGUACACCGUGGAUGGCAAAGGAGAUGACGAGAAAUCACCACCCGUUCUUGACAUCUUCACAUGUGCUCAUCACAUCUCAUCCGAACACGCCAUGUUGCGAAAUCCCAACGACGAGAUCCACUUUGCAGUUCUGUCAACUGGUUUGUUUAUUUCUGUGCUCUUCCUGGCUGCCGCUCUGGGUGCUGGAUUCCUGAUGCCAUCCGUCCAUUAUGUCCUGCAUUGGCAGUGUCAGAUCUACUACAUCUUUUGCCUUUUGGUCGGCGACUUACUGCUGGCCAUAAUACAAAUGUCCAGAGAUGCCUUGAGUGAAAGUGCCUGCACUAUUUUGGCCGUUUGUACACAUUUCUUCUUUUUGGCUGCGUUCUUUUGGUUGAAUACUAUGUGCUUUAAUAUUUGGUGGACAUUCAGAGACUUUCGUCCAUCCUCGCUGGAAAAGAAUCAAGAACUCUUCCGUUUGAGAUUGUUCCGCGUCUACGCCUGGGGAUUGUCAUUCAUAAUUGCCGGAACUGCAGCGAUUCUGGAACACACUUCGGAGCAGAAUGAUUUCUGGAAACCUGGCUUCGGGGGACAUUGUUGGUUCAAGGGCGAUCUUGAGAUGUUUGCAUACUUUUUUGGACCGAUUGGAAUUUUGCUCUGUGUCAAUUUGAUGUUGUUCGCAUCGACAGCUCGCCAACUAACCUGUGGUCUCUGGAAGCGAGAUGAUGUGAAGUCGAGCAGCGAAAGGACAGCCUUGGGCAAGGUGUGCCUUAAAUUGGUCGUCGUCAUGGGUGUGACCUGGAUGGCCGAUAUAAUUUCCUGGAUCAUCGGUGGGCCCAAAUACCUAUGGUAUUUCACUGACCUCAUCAAUGCCUUGCAAGGAGUUUUCAUCUUCAUCGUCGUCGGAUGUCAGCCACAAGUUUGGGCUGCCGUCAAAAGGAUUUGGACUUCAAAGACUCGCCAGGAAGCUACCAACACCACAAAUGCAGUACAACACUCGAGCUCAUCAAAUGGCCUGCCAUCGAUUGGCGAUACAACAACUAAUAACACCGUGGCCUCGGAUAAUGCCACUAAGAUUCCAAUGGAAACUGUUUGUUAGGAAGCAAGUAUUUUGUAUUUUUUUAAUUUUUCUUUGUUAACAAAAAAUUAUCCGCUGCCAAGAGUAUUGAAAUUAUUUAAUAACAAACUUUUAUAUAAGACUAAGUAUACAAAAAUAAGUAUAGGCUUUAGAUAUAUAAAAUGACUUAAGUGUUCUUAAAAAUCAGAUCGAAAAACAAAAAAAGAAGAAGAAGAAAAAGAUGAAGUUACUAAGUUACUACUAAGUGAUGGAUUUAAGAAUUAGAUAUUUUUGAUGAGAUUUGAAUUUCUUAAACUUUUUUUUUUUUGAAUAUGACAAAAUCCAAUAAAUAUUUGGAUCGUUUGAUUACAUAAUUCAUUUUGAAAAACGCAGAGCGACGCAUCAGAAUUAAAUCAAUUAUAAUUUCUAUAAAUAAAAACAUAACUUCCUUGUUUACAAUCAACGCAACGUUGCAAAAAAUUGAAAUAGUGGCUGUGACAGUGGGCGAAAUAAAUUAAUUUGUAUCUAAAAACAGACGCACAACCCUAUCCUUGAACUCUUCCCAUUCACACAAUUGAUACAUAUUACCUCCCUUCUUCAAAUUCAAGAACAUCACACACAAAAAAUACAACUAACCCUAUGGUAGCUCUUUUAUGUUUACAAGUUAGCGCCUUUUAAAUUGAUUAUUGUGUGAUGCGCGAUUAUUUUAAAUGGUUAAAUGCUCAUUUAACCUGAUCUAUUGUUUGCUUGUUUAAAAAUUAUUCCUCUUUCUCUAUUCAUUGUUGUUGUUGUCGAGAGUAUAUUAUGUAUAUGAGCUUGAGCAUUGGCUUGGGGACAAUAUUAUAGGUCGCGGUUAUUCUUUUUUUUUAAAAUAAGCAACAAAUUGGUUAAUUUAAUUUAAAAAUUUAUUGCAUUAUGAUUUAUAAAAAAAAUGGAUGAUGUAUGAAAGGCAAACAAAAAAUUGAGUUGAUUGAAUAAAGAGGAAGAGACACUUUUCAAAGAAACGAAGGUACACAUAUUUAGUUUGUUGAAUAAACUCUGAACUGAACGAAGUAGAAAACGGGUCGUGUAGGUGCGAGUAAGAAUGUAAAAAUCUCAUAUUUCAGGGUCAUUGCGUAAGCAAGACAAUUAAAGAACUUGAAAUUGUGGAACUCCAUUUUAGUUAAAUUAACAAAACAUACAAAAAAAACGUUGAACAAAACUUUUUGUUUGUAGCCGCUUAUGGAAUAUAAAUAAACGUGAACUAAAGUUAAAAUGAAGUAAUACAAAAAAGUUGGCUAUGACAAUUAUUAAAAAGAGUAACAGAAAAAAGCGCCAGCAAAUAUUUUUCCGCAGGGUUCAAACUAAAAGCCACAUAUAGGGGCAAGGGCAUGCAAACAAUAGAAUUCAAAAGAAAAAAAGACAAGAAAACAGACGAUUCUGCAAACAUUUUGUAGUACUACAAAGUAGUGUCCAAAUUGUUGCCCCACAAUCCGAGCGCCUAUGCAUACAGAAGAUAAUAUCAAAGAUUUGAAAUAGUUGUACAAAUGUAUAGCAGUUGAACACAACAACUAACAUUUGAGAAAAUUUAAAUGUACUUUAAAUUUAAUUUAAUUUUAAAUGUACAUUUAGAUGGAACCACUCUGUGCUAAGCUAAGUCUUGGUCUUAUCUUAAGAGAUAGAGUAUCAUAUAUCAAUCAAAAACCUUUUUGUUAUAGUUUCUUGAGUGUAUAGUUAGUAAGUAGCCUUAGAAAAAAGAGCAGGCUUAUACCGUUUGUUAUAAUAAGAAUAAGAAGAGGCAAGAGUCUAUUAAAAGCGCAUUACCUUACCAUACAGCUAAUUGCUUCUAUGGUUCUAGAUCAUGAACUUUUUAAUUAAUUGAUACGAUUUGUGAAAAAGUCAGAUUGAGGUAGAUAUAUGUAGAACAAUUUAUUGUAGAUGGGAAGGUUAAUUUCCUCGGAUUAUUUUCCCAAAAAAUUCAUUGCUUUAGAUUCGAUAUGCGGCGAGGAAAAUUACA